CAAACUCCUUUCUUCACUUUAUUUAGCUGUUCUUGCAUGUAGCUCUCAAUCUUUGCACUGCUUUAGUUAGCAGAGCAUUUAUUUUUGAUUCAGCUGCAUUUGUUAAGACUGUAACAACGAAAGGCAUUUCCUGAGAAGCUGCAAGGAUGAGCAGAAAGAAAGAACAACAGCUAAGGAAAUAUGGGACCCUAGUAGUGCUUUUCAUCUUCCAAGUUCAGAUUUUUGGUUUUGAUGUUGACAAUCGACCUACAACAGAUGUCUGCUCGACACACACUAUUUUACCUGGACCAAAAGGGGAUGAUGGUGAAAAAGGAGAUAGAGGAGAAGUGGGCAAACAAGGAAAAGUUGGACCAAAAGGACCUAAAGGAAACAAAGGAACUGUAGGGGAUGUCGGUGACCAGGGAAUGCUUGGGAAAAUCGGUCCGAUUGGUGGAAAAGGUGACAAAGGAGCCAAAGGCAUAUCAGGGGUGUCUGGAAAAAAAGGAAAAGCAGGCACGGUCUGUGAUUGUGGAAGGUACCGCAGAGUUGUUGGACAACUGAAUAUCAAUGUUGCUCGGCUUAACACAUCCAUCAAGUUUGUAAAGAAUGUUAUAGCAGGUAUCAGGGAGACGGAUGAAAAAUUCUACUAUAUUGUCAAAGAAGAGAAGAAUUACAGAGAAGCCGUGAUGCACUGCAGAGACAGAGGAGGAAUACUGGCCAUGCCUAAAGAUGAGGCAACCAACGCCCUUCUUGCCAACUACAUCUCCUCAAGUGGCCUUUUCCGAGCAUUCAUCGGAAUAAAUGACAUAGAAAAAGAAGGGCAGUUUGUAUAUGCAGACAGCAGCCCACUGCAAAACUACAGUAAUUGGAAGGAUGGGGAGCCUCACGACUCCACAGGACAUGAGGACUGCGUGGAAAUGCUCAGCACAGGAGAGUGGAAUGACUCUGAGUGUCAAGUCACCAUCUACUUUAUCUGUGAGUUCCUCAAGAAGAGAAAAUAAAUAUGCAACAAAAGAUGUCUGGCACCUUCUGUACACACAAUAACCGCUCCUCAUUCAUGCACUGUAGGGAAUGCAGAUAAACAAAGACAGGGCUGAAUCUAGCAUAGACUGGGUUAACUAAGACUAACUAAUGCGAUACGGCAGUGACCAUAAAGCCAGCUCAGGUCUGCAGGGGGCAUCCAGCCAACUGUGAAUUUUUAUUUCAUUUUUAUGUGUAAUUGAGGGUGGUUGGGAAAAUUUAAAGCACGUGGAGGCAAACAUGAUUUCACUAAUGCAGCGGAGGACUCACUUAUCUCUGCUUCUCACUUAAUCACCUGCUUGGUUGGCUGAGGUGUGAGGAACAAAGCAAUGGCAGUUCUGCAGGUCUGCACAGCUUGCCUGCAACCUGAGAACAGAAGGAACACUUCUAGCCUCUGAUGCCUUCAAAAAAGCUGUGCAAGAAUCUAGAAAAGUCCAACAUAAAGAAAACAAUACAAAGGAAGCACAGCCACUGCUGUAGGAACAGUGCAGAAUUUGCUGUCAGAGCCUGGCUCCUCAGUUAUCCAUGUCAGCAUGUUCAUAAUGGAUCAGAUUUUCAUAUGUUGAUAAUAGCAAAGGAACACAUUCCUGCAUACAGUGGAAGAGCUCACAUUCACAUGGCUUCUACGACACCACUGCCAGGACUGUUCUGAAGUCCAGGAUGCUUCUGAGACACAACAUCCUUUUUACCUUCAGAAGUGAUCCUGUUUAUUGUUAGUCUUUCCACACGUUGCUUAAAAGUCUCACCUUUCCUCACAGCAGGAGAUGCUAGUAAAGACUCCCGAUUCUCUACAAGGAAGUGUAUAUUUUCUCCCCCACUUGGGACUAAAAAGGAAAAAAUGCUAUCUGGAAGCUGAGAACACUGGGCACUAGUCAUAGUGCAGCCAAUGCACAUUGCAGGUCACUUUCAGCAUUAGUUGCAAAAUGUUUCUCUGGAUAUAAAGAGCUGGACAUGAAGGCAGUCCCAUCAGCAAGCAGUGGAGAGGGUCAGCUCUAAGUUUCCCUUUUGCAGCUGUAUACAGCAUUGCAAAGGCAAUGAGACAGCUGUCAUACUUAGCCAGCCUGCUCUUUGACAGUAAAAUCCUCCGUACCAUUUUCCAGCUGGUAGUUUGCCUUCAAGCUCAUCUCUGAGCAGUGGCCAACACCAAAGCAUUCCAGGAGGCUCUGUGACUCAGAGCUACUUUUGUAAGCCAGUUUAUCGGCUACUUGUUAUUCCAGAAAACCAUUUGUUGUUACCAGCAGGAAAUUACCUGUGUUGCUACACACCCUCCAGGGAACUAUUCAGUCCCAAGAAUGCAGGUGUGUGACCACGUAUAUUUUCAUUGCUUCCCAACUAUGCUAUGAGCGUACUUCAGCAAACAGGUUUGCUUAGCACAAUGUACCUCAUCCUGAAUUGUUCCUUCCCUGAGAAUUUAUACUCCCUGACAUCAAGCAGAAUUACACUUUUUAGGAUCUACUGUAAUAAACUUGUUAAAUUA